GUUGGGAAUGAAAGGGUUCUUUAAUGUGUGCAAGAAUUUCUUAGUGUUCUACCCGAUGUCGCCGUGACUCUCCGAUUUUUGUAAAUGUGACCUGGAUGCGAGCUCGAUGUGAACGGAAAAAGUGUUUCGCCGGAUAAAUUUGUGAUCUAAACCCGGGCUGUUGAGAAUGCUAGACGUUACGUCUACCUCCACUGUUGGAUACAAUCCGACCAAGAUUUUUAAAAACAGAUACUUCAGCACGGAUGCGCCAAAGCUCAACGGACUGACCUCAAAUAAAGGGGAGGUGGAAGAUUGGACUAGCGAUCCGGCCGAUACCACCACCUCGGAAGGUCCCACUCCCGGCUCUCCACCAGCGAAAAGCAAGACUCCAGACCACCCCUCCGAAGAGAAUGGAAAGACUCCCUCCAAAACCGAGCCAGAAGGGAAAACCCCUUAUAUUCGGUUAAAAACCAACCUAGCCACUGAUCCCGCACUACAAUCUCAACCUCUAAUAUCCGUAGCAAAUCUGAAGACGGAAUUAGAAACCAGCCAGUCUCCGAGCGAAUACUUGGCUGCCCUGCCUCCUGCCAUACAGUCCGCCCUCGUGUCACGAGGGUUUUUCUUACCGAAUUUGAUCCCUGCACCAGAAGCUGUGCCUCGACAGACGGAUUCCGCCGAGCCAAGACAACCUACACUUCCGAUUUUUCAGUGCCCACCUUGCGGCAUUCGUUUCUCUUCUUUGAGUACCUUAGAAGCUCACCAGACAUAUUACUGCUCCCACCGGAUCAACAAGUCCAACAAUGAUGAUGACUCCAAGUCGACCGGAGCCGAACCAAGUGGGAAUCAAUCGGACGUCGAUCCUUCUGAACCAUCCAUAAAGAGCAUUCGUACUGGAAAGCAGUACACUUGCAAUCAGUGUUCGUACAGCGCCGACAAGAAAGUGAGCCUGAAUCGCCACAUGCGGAUGCACACAGUAUCUCCUAGUCCUAGUCCUUUAAAUACCGCAGCGGCGAUAUCGAACGGUGAACCGAACAGCGAGAAUCCAGACCGAUAUUGCGCGGAAUGCGACAUUAGAUUCAGUUCACAGAAAACAUUCCGCGCCCACAAGAUGCACUACUGCAACUCCAGACAUAUGGUUAAGUCUUCGACGAUGCCUGCUACCAAGACAACUUCCAGUUGCACGUCUGGUUCUUCGCCGACGUCUCCCGUGGACACCGCUUCGUGCAGAACGCCCCCAUCUCCGGCGCCGCCAAUUCCACCACAACAGCCCUUCUUGGCGUUACCAACCAACCCUAUUAUAAUCGUGCCAUAUUCUCUGUUUCGUAGCGCCAGCGUUCUGCCUAGUCUGUCUUCAGCUGCGGGUCUUCCAAAUCCUGACAUGCCAUGUUUCCUCUUACCCAACGGCACACUUCAGCCGAUGACGAGCGCCAUAGCCCCAAACACCCAAACAACUCAACAGCCGGAAGUACUCAAGACAGCAAACAAACCCAAAGAAUCAUCCGUCAUCAGGGAAACCUCCUCCGCACCUCUAGACUUAAGCGUAAGGAAAUCUCCGGAACCAAAAGAUCUGGUUAUCGAUCUCGGCGAUGAGCAAGAGAAAGAGAACGUCAAGCGUUCACCCACACCGGAAAAGAUCGAAUGCGUGCCUUCGCUGCACGGCUCUCCAUCGUCGACACCUAUAUCUCACGUAGGCGCUUCUCCUGCGCUAAGUAUCUCUCCCAAAAGGAAGCACGACGAAACCUCUCGCAGUAGCAGUCCCAAACAGUCCAGACCGACUCCUAAAUCUACACCUAGCAUGGAAAAGACUAGAACUAGUCCAGACGCAAGCGUAGCCCCACAAUUCGAUAUUCCCCCUUCUCUCCAUCCCUUGCUGAUGCGCGCCGGAACUCUGCCCUUGUUUACCUCCGAAGUCCAAAUGCGCCUCUCGGAGCUACCUCCUCUUCCGCCGGUGAUGCCGCAGGUGUUAGUCAAGCAAGGAGUUUCAAAAUGCAAGGACUGCAACAUCGUCUUCUGCAAACAAGAGAACUACGUCAUCCACAAAAAGCACUACUGUUCCGCUAGGACUCUCGAGGAAGAAAGCUCCAAGACAUCCGGUAGUCCCCCGGUCAGUCCGAGAAGCACGGGCACCACCAGCCCGGCGGGGCAGUACCAGCAGCUCAUCUGCUUGGCGUGCGGCAUCAAAUUCACCUCUCUGGACAAUCUCAACGCGCACCAGGCCUAUUACUGUUUGAAGAGGGGAGAAAUGGAUUUGAGGAAGUGCGGGAAGUGCAGAGGGAUCGCGGAACCGGGACACCAGUGCGUCCCGCACGCGGCCCUGGCGGGGUGGAAGUGCCCUUGCUGUGACGUCAUCAGUCCCACCGCCAGCGCCGCCCAAAGGCACAUGGACUCUCAUACGGGCGUGAAGGCGUACCGAUGCACAAUUUGCAAGUAUAAGGGGAACACCCUCAGAGGGAUGAGGACGCACAUCCGGAUGCACUUUGAUAAGAGAUCUCCAGACCUUCAGGAAGAAAAGUACAUCUCCUACAUCCUGGAGGACGAAAGUUCGAAUACUAUGGAGGUGAGCGUGACCUCGUCCGCCGUCCCCGCCGUCCUAGACGACCGGGCCGUCUCCCCCAGCUCGGAAGGCCAUCCGGAAGCACUCCACCACUGUUCCCAGUGCUCCUACAGUUCCGCUUACAAAGCCAACGUCCUCAGACACAUCCGUCUCGUCCACGAGGCCCCGACCGUUGACGAAUCCGUCGUGAAUGGUUCAGAGGACAAAACCGUGCGGUCCAUGCCUGUCCUAGAGGACGACGAGGAGAUCCUAGUGAAGAAGGAGGCCAUAGAGCCGGAAGUUAUCAUUGCUCCGGUCGAAGAGCCGAUCAUAAAAGAAGAAGUACUCGAUCCAUCCACCGCCUCGAAAAUAAAGACCGCCGAGGAGGAGAUCCUGCAGGAGGCGUCGAAAUCCGGCGCCAAAUACUGCAAAUCCUGCGACAUUUCCUUCAAUUACUAUUCCACGUUCGUGGCACACAAGAAAUUUUACUGUUCGAGCCACGCGGGGGAAAUCACGGCGGCGUCGGCGAAUAACAAUAAUAAUCCAACCACCCGCGCCGCUGAGGCGUCAGUUCUGUAGUUGAGUCAGUUGUUAGAUUAGGAUAGACUCAAACAAAGUGAUUUCUUUGAGUGUUAUAACUGGGCCAGUCCUCUUGUAUACGCGUAAAUAUGGUUCGGUGCCUUAACAUUUCUCCCCGAGUCUGCUAAAGCAUAAGGAAGACAUUGAAUUGACCAACAGUGAAAGAAUCUCUCAGAAUGUAUUUCGAAAAUAAGUUCUGUAUCUUUGUUAACUUUAAUACAAACUGCCUUAACACUCCGGCCUGUAAUGCAGGCCUCUCAAAUAUUUUUUGUGAUCGAUGUCUUUGUUUAAGAUAUUUGAUAUUUUAAUGAAAUUAUAUGCGAUAUUUUAAACUGCCUAAAAAAAUCUUCACAUACUUUACACGUAAUGUUAUCCUCAACCUGUGGAUUUUGGUUGCUUAAGUUACAGGCCGGAAUAUAAAAAAUAUUACCUUGCAUGUUAAGCCGUUAAAUAUGUUACCGAUAUCUGUAAAGUGGAACAAAGCGAUGUUGAGGAAAUGUUAGCGCACCUGCCAAAUAAUUGUUAUCAAUGUUGAUCGUUAAUGGCGGUCGUUUAAAAAAUCCAUUGCAAUAUGUUACAUAAUCAAUAUUCCAUAUAUGUAUAAAAGUAUACCUAAUAACUUCUAGAUUUUGUUUUGUAUAAAGUUAUAAAAGAUUUAUAAUUUGUUUAAUUAUAAGUUUGUAGAAUAAAUUAAAAUAUAUUAUGCCAAAGCAUUUUUCAUUAUUAAGUGUAAUUAGUUGUCUUUACGUUGGUUUUUUUUAUAAUUCUGAUAUAUAGUUGCAUAUAGGCUUUUUAUUGACUAUUGUUUAGGUAAGAUUUACAUUUUGCAAUCUGAAAUAGUUAUCGUACAAGUGAAUCUAUGUUAUUAUAGCUGUGAGGCGUUCAAAACGCCUACCCAAGGUUACACGCAGUGAUGAUUACCUUUCAUGGAGACAAUAAAUUAUUUAUUUCUA